UCACUGGUGUCGUGUUUAUCGGGAUAAGAUUCUCACUUCAAAACUUUGUUAAAGAAGAAACAUUCUCAUCGCUCUACAAGUAAAUUAUUUAUUAAUUAUAACUUCUUUUCAUAUAACGAUUGCAUAUAGGAAAUAAACAACAAAUGAGUUACGGUUCGUUUGUUAUAUUCCAUGGAGAGGAAGGAAUGGUUCUUUUUAACUAUCAGGACGCUAUUGUCUAAGAAUAUCUGAGCAGCAGAGUGUGGUAACGCCAGUGUGAUGAUUCGUUCUGAUUCUAAUUUAUAAUAGUCAUGGAAUUAUUACUUACACCAUAAACUUCACUUACCAUUUCUGUCAAGGAAGGCAAACACAUAAGAUUUAAACGAGUAAUGAGAAUAACGAUUUGGAAAGUGAAAGCAUUAUGUCAUGUGAUGAAAGAAGUAAUGUAAGAGAAUAAACAUUAAUAAACAAGCUUUCAAAAUUGUUGAUAUAAGAAAAAAAUGUUCAGUAAAUAUAAAGAGACAAAUAUUUUGUCACUAGUACAUAAAUAAAAUUUGGAUUUAGUUUGACUACUUUUUCUAAUGGCUUGUAAAGUGACAGGAUUAGGUGAUUUAUAAGAAACCAUGGAAAGGUCUGUUAUGUCAUGGAAACGUCUGCUGCCCCUGACGAUUGUCGUCGCUUCAUAUCUAUGUCUAGGGGCGCUUAUUUUCCAGUUUAUGGAAGGAGAACCAGAAAUAGAACGUCGAAAAGGCCUAAAAGAGAUGAUAAGACAUUUCAUUGAAAAUCACACAUGUUUAACAAGGGAAGAGUUGAACAGUUUUAUUGACCGCAUCAGCGGUGAGACAGAAUUUACCCAAGGGACUCUUCAAAAUAAAAGUGUCUCCACACGCUGGGAUUUCACGGGGGCGUUUUCAUUUGUUGUCACUGUCGCAACUACAAUUGGUUACGGCAACAUGGCUCCUCAUACAGAACUUGGCAAAGUGAUUGUGAUCGCCUACGCGCUUAUUGGCAUUCCAUUAACAUUCCUGAUGUUACAAGGCCUCGGACAACAACUUACACAUCUCUCCGACAAAGUCAAUAACCUGAAACUUUGCUCAAAGAGGCCCGAUCUAAACAAAUAUCUCAACAUGGUUAUUAUUAUUCUCAUCGGCGUCUCUCUCCUAUUCGUUGGGCCUACUUUUUUGUUUAUGAACGUCGAAGGAUGGCGCAUGAUGGACGCUAUAUAUUAUUGUUUUGUUACUUUAUCUACAAUAGGGUUCGGAGAUUUCAUUCCAGCAUUGUCGGAGAAUCGAUUUACAGGGCGUGGUGAGGCGGGGACCAUCUACCGUAUCGUGGCGUAUGUUUGGAUAUUGUUCGGCCUGGCUUAUGUUGCCCUGAUAAUCAGUUAUAUUUCCAGUGUUCUAGUCAGGAAAGCUGAAAAGGUCCAGCAGAUGAGUAGAGCAAAAAUUGAGAGCGAGAUAAAACAACUUCAGAAAGAACUUGUAAAAACAAAAUCAAACAUUUUUACGCUAGCCAGCAAUGUAGCAGAAACUGUUACAACUGGGUUAGAAGGGGCCAGGAAAUCCUCAGAGAAAGAAUUAGAUCCGACUCACGUUGUUGUUGAAAGUCUAGGGGUUCAACAAGAUAGGCAAGCACGCAGUGCUCAGAACAGUCCUUUCCGACAUAAAAAGCAACCUCCGGGACCGGUAGAACUAUUAUCAUAUAGAAGAAAAAGUUUGUCUUGAUAU